GGAAAUAUGACAGGGACUGAGAGAAGGGAGCAAUAAAGACAGAUUUCUUUAAGGAGAAGCGGGGAAAGUACCUGAUAUAUUUGGAAAGCUUAUAUGUGAAAAGAGGAAAGGAAAUUUGCAGCAAAUCCACAGAGAAACAUAUUUAAACAAGCUAUAUAGUGAAUUAGAGCCACAGUGAUAUAUUUGUAUAGGGUGCAAGACGAAGUCAACAGGGAUUGCAGUGAGGAAAAGGCAGAAGGAAAGCUCAUAUAGAUCUGCCAAGAACAGAUAUAGAAGACAGAUAUACAAGAUUUUUUGUUCGGUUAACUAAGAAGCAGAAAUAAAAUUUUAAAAAUCAGGUGGAGAGAGAAAACAAGGCAGCGGAGCAAGGAGCUUCAAUAAUAAGGGAAGGAAACACUUAGCACAAUUGUGCUACUGUUCCAGUGAACAUCAAGCUCCCUGACUCUAGCAUACUCUGCACCCUUUGAGUCAGGGUUAUAAACACUCUAGGCAGGUCAUUGUAAUUCUUCGGAUGGAGUGAAAGGUCUAGGAUUAUGAGGAUCAUGAUUGCCAGAUGCUGCUGAUUUAACAUUUGUUUAUACCCAUGGCGCUAAACAGAUUCUGCUUUGUGCUCUACCUACUCAUUUUGUGGAAAGGCCUCAGUGACUCAUUCAACAUUAAUGUGAAGCAAGCCAGGAUCUUCAAAGGACCAAAGAAGAGUCAGUUUGGAUAUAAAGUUUUACAACAUGAAGCAGAAGGUCAGAAAUGGUUACUGGUCAGUGCCCCCCGGGACGGCAUUGCCAAGAACAAGAAUGGUGACAUAUACCGAUGUAACAUAUCGAAUAGAAGGAGCUCCAACUGCAUGAAGCUAAACUCUGGGUUGGCAGCUCUGAAAAACAUCUCUGAUGACAUGAAGAACACACACUUUGGCAUGACACUGAUUCGUAACUCCCAGGGCUUCAUGGUGUGUGCUCCCCUCUGGUCGCAGAAGUGUGGAAGUUCCAUCUACAACACUGGUAUCUGUACAAACAUCAGCUCCAAGUUUCAGCCUUCAGGGAUCAUUGCACCCACUGCACAAGACUGUGGCGUCUCCAUGGACAUUGUCAUUCUGUUGGAUGGGUCAAACAGCAUCUACCCUUGGUACGAGGUACAGAGGUUCCUCAGUAAUGUCCUCAACAAGUUCCACAUUGGUCCGAAGCAGAUACAGAUUGGAGUGCUGCAGUAUGCAGAGACAGUGGUGCACGAGUUCAGUCUCGGUGAACACAAGACAGCGCGAGAGGUGGUGGAGGCUGCCAGAAACAUCAGUCGCCAGGGUGGCCGGGAGACUAAGACAGCAAUGGCGGUCAAAGCGGCAUGCUCUGAGGCCUUCAGCCCAGAACAUGGUGGACGAGAAGGAGCUACAAAAGUUAUGGUUGUUGUGACAGAUGGUGAAUCUCAUGAUGGCCUGGAGCUUCAUGGUGCCCUUGCUGAGUGUGAGAAGCGUAACAUCAGUCGCUAUGCCAUUGCAGUUCUGGGCCAUUACAUCCGAAGACGCAAAGACACAGAGACCUUUAUAAAGGAGAUCAAAUUUAUUGCCAGCGACCCCGAUGAGAAACAUUUCUUCAAUGUAAGCGACGAGGCAGCACUAAACGAUAUCGUAGAUGCUUUGGGAGACAGGAUAUUUGGGUUAGAAGGAACAAUUCAGCAAAAUGAAAGCUCAUUUGAGUUGGAAAUGUCACAGGCUGGAUUUUCAGCACAUGUCCUGGAGGAUGGGGUUUUACUCGGGGCGGUUGGAGCAUAUGACUGGAACGGAGCCAUUGUGAAAGAAAGUGUCUAUGGUAAAAUUAUCACAUCGAGAGAAGCCCUGAACCAGGAGUUUCCCAAAGCCUUGAAGAACCACGCAGCCUAUCUCGGCUACACUGUGUCAUCUGUGAGGCAAAGGAAUGGUCAACGUGUCUAUGUGGCAGGGGCUCCGAGGUUCAAACACAAAGGCAAGGUCAUCCUCUUCAAUCUGGACAAGGUUGGCAAUCUGACCGUACAUCAGUCCUUAAUUGGAGAACAGAUUGGAUCCUAUUUUGGAAGUGAGGUUUGCCCAGUGGACGUAAAUGGUGAUGGUGUGACGGAUGUGCUGUUGGUCGCAGCACCCAUGUACCUUGGAGCCAACAGCAAAGAGACUGGGAAAGUCUACAUUUACAGAGUGCAGGAGUUUUCCCUUUCAUUCGGCGAUGUUCUACAGAUCAGCAACAAGCCACAGGAUUCCCGGUUCGGGUUCACCCUCAUUGCUGUUCCCGACCUUAAUUACGAUGCAUUCAAUGAUGUAGUUGUUGGUGCCCCGUUGGAAGAUGGUCAUCGUGGUGCGGUGUAUAUUUAUCAUGGACAUCAAGAUACCAUUGUUCCAAAGUAUAAACAGAGAAUUGCUGCUUCGGCUGUGGACCCAGGACUUUGGUAUUUUGGGCGCAGUGCAGAUGGCCAGAUGGAUGUGGAUGGAGAUGGAUUGAUUGAUGUGGCAGUGGGAGCUUUCGGCAAGGCUGUCAUCUUCGGGAUACUACGUGUGGUCCAGGUGAAUGCCUCAGUUAAGUUCAGUCCUGCUUCCAUCAAUAUGCUCCAACGAAACUGCCAGAGAAGUGGCAAAGAUGUCACCUGUGUUACUGCCACUGUCUGUUUCACCACAAGAGCAAAGUCGCCUGGACUGAGCAACAGCACACUGGAUCUAUAUUAUAACAUUGUGUUGGAUGAAAAGAAGUUUGCUCCCAGGGCCUUGUUUGAUGGAAGCGACCAGAGGCAGAAAGAGGAAGUUAUCCGUAUUCUGACUGAUGGCCUGAAAUGUCACAAGCUUCAAUUUCAUGUCAUUGAUACAGCUGACUACAUUCGGCCCAUCUGGUUCACACUACAGUUUAGUCUGGCUGAACAGCCUGCAGGGCCAGUUCUGGAUGACACUUGUGUAACUACAGUGAAAAACUGGAUUCCCUUCUUCAAAGACUGUGGGGACGAUGAUGAAUGUUUGACGGACCUUGCAUUGCAGGCACACCUGGAUAUUUCUGGAUCUAGACAAAGUCCUUACAUUGUAAAGAACAGUCGGCAGAGGGUAUCAGCAACAGUGAUGCUGGAAAACAGGAAAGAAAAUGCUUACAAUACCAGCCUCAACAUGACCUUUUCUAAAAACCUGCUCUUCACCAGUCUCCUUGUGAGGGAUGAUGCACAGAAUAAGGUUGAAUGUCUGGUGUUAUCGCCACACCACAGAAUCUGCAAUGUCAGUUUCCCAGUUUUCAGAUCUCUAAUGCAGGUCUCCUUCCGUAUGGAGUUUGAGUUCCAUUGUUCGCUCCUGUUGGAUGAUGUGGAGCUCUACAUCAGUGUUACCAGUGACAGUACUGAGCUGAAUGAGACACUCAAUGAUAAUGCAGUCUACCUCCGGGCAGUUGUCCGGUAUGAAGCAGAUCUUCUCCUCACCAGUGAAUCCAGUCUCCAGCGUUAUGAGAUGCAGCCAGCCACAGAGUCAGUACCUGAAGAAAUCCUUCCGGAGUUUAAUCACACCUUCAAGAUCAAAAACCUGGGCUGUUUUCCAGCUGAAGAUUUGGAAGCUAAAAUCUACAUUCCGACCAUGAUCAGCACAUACUAUCACAUUUCAGCAGUGACCACUGCCUUUACUGAGCCAGUCCUGGGAAUAAAUUGCUCUCUGAAUAAUGCUACAGAUCGACUGAGGGCAAACCAAGACAGGGCCACGGAAGUCCUCGCAUACAUGAACCGCCUGGACUGCAGUAAUUCCUGGUGUAGUGUCUUCACCUGCCAUAUGAAUACUCUCGACAGGACUGAGGAGGUGGCAAUUCAUGUUGGCUACAUGCUGUAUGGCAAAUUCUUCAGGACUGUGAAAUUCAGAUCAUUGAAAAUUGUCACUACGCUAACUCUGGAUGUACAAACUCCUCAGGUCCUGACUGUUGCAGAAUCAGCUCGCUAUCGAGAGGUGACUGUAGAGCUGAUUAAGCCUGCGGUGAUUGCUGUGUCUCUGUGGAUUAUCAUUGGCAGCACACUCGGGGGACUUCUGCUGCUGGCUCUCAUUAUCUUCAUUCUGUGGAAGUGUGGAUUCUUUAAGAGGAAGCAAAAAGAAGAAGAAGAUGAGGACAAGGAGGAGGAUGAGAAGAAAGAGUGAGGCUGAGGGUGCUGCAGUCCAACACCCUGUACCCUUGGUGUCAGGAAUCUCUGACAUAUCUACACAGUUCCAUCACACACAGUGUGACUGCUGUGCACUUCCUUGAAGCUUCUUUCAAUUUGUAAAUGUCCCUCAAAAGGGGCUGUGUCACCUUGCCCAAAACUCUUGGGACCAG